GCCUGCUUUCAGGACGGCGACGUCGGCUCGGCUUUCUCGCCGGCACUGCAGAUCCACACGCCGCUGAGCGAGGACUGCCUGUACCUGAACGUGUGGCAGCCGACACCCGUCCCCACAGGAGCACCCGUCAUGGUCUGGAUAUACGGUGGAGGAUUCUCAACUGGUUCGUCUGCCGUUGACAUGUACGAUGGCCGGUACCUCGCCGCCACAGAGGGAGUCCUGGUGGUGAGCAUGAAUUACCGGGUCAGCACGCUGGGGUUCGCCUACACCGGGACGGAGGACGCCCCAGGCAACAUGGGGCUGACGGACCAGCUGGUGGCGCUGCAGUGGCUGCAGGACAACAUCGCGUCAUUCGGAGGCGACCCCUCCAAGGUCACCAUUUUCGGCGAGAGUGCGGGCGGGGCGAGCGUCGGCUAUCACCUGAUGUCCCCCGAGAGCAGAGACGUGUUUAGCCGCGCCAUCUUACAGAGCGGGACGGCUCUACUUCCCGGCUUGCUCCUACCUGCAGACGACAUGUACGGCAGCACCAAGGCUCUGGCCGAAAGUCUGGGGUGCCCCACUGAACAAGGCCCAGCCGACAUGCUGGCCUGUCUGAGAGAACAGGACGCAGCGAGCCUUGUGGCCGGCUACCCGCCCCUCUUUCCAGUCAUCGACGGCAGCUUCAUCCCAGAAAACCCGGCAAAGGCCCUCGAAGAUGGAGAGUUCAAACAUUCGGACAUCUUGCUGGGCAGCAACGCAAAUGAGGGGAUGAUCUUCUUUAUACUAUUUGGACUUCCCGGGUACGCUAUUGGCUCGGAGAACAGCAUCGGCAGGAGCGAGUUCAUACAGAACAUCCAGGCAAUGACGACUGGUCUGAACGAGCCGGCAGUGGAGGCAGUCGCCUUCCAGUACACGGACUGGUCGCGCCCCGAUGACGCGAACAUGUACCGAGACGCCCUGGACACGAUCGUCAACGAUGAGAAGUACGUUUGCCCGGCUUUUAGCACGGCGCGCGCCCACACCAGAGUGGGGGCGACGGUGUAUGUGUACAAAUUCGACCAUGUCGCCUCUAACUCACCUUUUCCCGACUGGGCGGGCACGAUCCACACGGCUGAAAUACCGUUCGUGUUCGGGGGGCCCCUGGACGCUGCCUUGGGGUACACCGCUGAGGAGGCCGAGCUGUCCCGGAGGAUGAUGCGACACUGGGCAAACUUUGCCAGAACAGGGAACCCCAACAACAACAACGAGGCGGUGUGGAGCCCGUACACGGAGUCCGGCCGGGGCUACCUGAUGUUGGACACGGGCGCGCCCCGCAUGGUGACCGGGCAGAAGGCCAGGGAGUGCGCCCUGUGGGACCACUACGUGCCGGCUCUCAUCAACACAACAGAUACAGCCCAGCCCCAGCAGUGCCAGGCAGUUGUAGAGUCCAGCUCGGCGGCGACGCUCUGGGGACAGAGUCUGGCGGUGGCACUCCUGGUGAACCUCAUCAAGGACAUCAUCAGUUUCAUCACCACUAUCUUUGUCGUACUCUGAGAACUUUAGUCAGAUGCUCGCACACUGGACCACGCACUAGACUACACUUUAAAACAACUAAAUUCUGCUAACACCAACAGCGGGACUCAUCAAGGACAUCAUCAGUUUCAUCACUACUAUCUUUGUCGUACUCGGAGAACUUUAGUCAGAUGCUCGCAUACUGGACCACCCACUAGACUACACUUAAAAACAACUAAGUCGGUAAAUUCUGCUAACACCAACAGCGGGACUCAUCAAGAACAUCAUCAGUUUCAUCACCACUAUCUUUGUCGUUCUCUGAGAACUUUAGCAAGAUGCUUGUACACUGCACUACGCAAUAGACUACACUUAAAAACAACUAAGUCGGUAAAUUCAUUUUCACCACAAGAAGUACUACUGUAGUAAAUUUCAUUAAGCCACAAUGAAAGUUCUAACGUAGUAACUGUUGCGGUUAAAAUCUCGUUGAUUGUGUCAAGGACUAUAACAUAACGUCAUUGGUUGUGUAGGUGCGAACCCAGUAUAUGUAAUUAACCAACCUGAUGAAACCAUAUAUAACGUUAUAUAUAAGAUGUAAUGAUUUCAAGAAUACACAGAAUGAGAAAAGACAACAAUCACCAUGUUUUCUGUCAUAAUAAAGUGUCUUAGACAGUAAAAAAGCAUGUUUGUUCACAUCUUACGUGCAAAUUCGAGUUCUGCAACAUCGAUAGUAUAGUAGCAAAUACUAGCAAUUGUACAAAACUUUGGUCAAUGGAAUGAUGUACACAUACGAAGAUAAUUCUGUUCUUACCCAGGAAUGUUCUAUUUCCAAUCAUUGUCUAAUAGAGGUUAUUCAGUCUUAUUAAAACAAAUGUGAACAACAUUUGACACCAGAGUACA